AUGACCGAGCCGACGGCGGAAAAGGUGGUAUUUGCAAAGGAGGUAACGUGUCAGCUGCGCAAGCUUGAGGCGCCAUCUGAGCAAGGCCUCAAUGAAAACCUACUUUUCCGCGUCAUCUCAACCCCAUCUGCAUGCGUCUUGAAGCUGAGCAGCGAGCAGGACAUAUACUUCAACUUUUCUGCCGUCAUCGAUAGAGCAAAUUAUGAGGAAAUGAGGAGAGAGCAGAACCUCAUGGUCACGUAUGCAGAUUUCCCCUCUCAUCUAGCUAAGCUCCUCACAACGGUGCAACGGGAGCAAAAACAAUACAUAGCCAUCUUUUUUGUUGGAGCCGACGGCCUGACGGGCAAGGUAGACAUAAUAGAGAACUUCAAGGGCUUCAAGUACAUUGAUAUCAUCUCCCUGCCAGUGGAGAGUGCCACACAGGCGGAAAUCCAAGAAGACAUUGCCAAGCGAUACGCACUACUUCGUGAGCAAAACAUCCGAUUACAGGCGCAGGUGAACGAGCUUCGCAGCGUGAUCAAGAACCGCAUUCCCAACUUUGCUCCAGGUUCAUCUACCAAUAGUCUAUAA